AUGUCUUUGACUUCAACCAUGCAACACGCCAACCGCCAGAGGCAACCCUUCUGUUUCGAAGACGACGACGAUGGCCCGGAGAGAAGCGAAGUUCGCCCAGCAAUUGUCCGACAAGCAGAGUCCGACAUUUUUGACGAGUCUGUAGAGGACAUGAUCGAGGAAAGUCGUCGCGACAUUCCUGGCAGUGGCAGGUCUCCACUCCCGUCAUACCAUGGCAACGAUGAGUUGGAUGAUCUCUUUGUUCCCAGUGAAGAGUGGGCGCCAAACGUUGAGCCAUCUCAUGCUGGUGAUGUACCCAUCAAGUCUGAGGAGUCUGACGAUGACUAUGAUCUAAUGAUCAUCGACCAGGGUGAGGCAUCAUCAAAAGCUCGACAGGAAUGGGUCAAGCCGCGAGGGCCAUGGACGAUUGACCUGACUCCGUCGUCUCUAGUCAAGAAAGAGCCAUUGGCAAACACUCAUCACAUUUCCAUGGCCCACAAUAGCAAGAACGAGCCUGGCGCAGAAGCUUUCGCCGAUGGAAACACCUCUUUCCACGACAGCGAUUCCUUCGUCAAGGAGCUAGAGAAGAGGAAGGUAGAGUUACAAUCGAAAGCCCUCAAAGUUGCGCUGAGCCUGGAAGACAUUUCAGAAUUGUGUCAGGUCAUCGCUCAGCUUAACCAGGCUCAAGAUAAAGUCAAAGUCAGCGACAACGCGCUAAGCGCAGCACCAUCCACUGCCGCCAAUGUGGACCAAGAAUCCGGUGAAUGCAGUGGAAAGAAAAUGAAGAAAAUAUCAAAUCCUCGCAUCAAGAGCGCGGCAGAUUACUGGGCUCGGCAAGAAGAGAAAGAUCGCAUCCGCGAGGAGACAGGGCAGAAGAGAUCCCGAGCAUCUCAACGAAGCUCACGCGCCAUCAAAAGGACGAGCAACUCGAAUAAUGCGAGGGCUGCUGGAGACGACGACAAUGAAAACAAGAGAAUCGAACGCCAGAUCGAGGCGCUUCUCCACCCGACAGAUGCGAUCCAGGAACGAGCGGAAGUAGGAGACCUGACAACUAUACCUGAAAUCAUUGCGACCACGAGAGCAGACCAACUGAAGAAGAUGAGAGAAUCUGCACCCGAGUACUUUGAGCCACAGUUUUUGGAUCGCCAGAAAAGAGAGCUCCUGGAAGCAACCAAAGCAUGGGGUCCACGCGCUGUUCGCGCCAAAAACGGCUUUUGGGAGGUCAAAGGCCUUCAGUCUCUAAUGCACCAUCAUCAACUCAUUGUUGGAGCUUGGAUGAUGGGCCGCGAGCUCAAGGGAACACCAAAAAGGCCCAGGGGAGGCAUUCUUGCUGACGCCAUGGGCUUAGGAAAGACCAUCGAGACCCAUUCCUGCAUUGUGGGCAACCAGGCGUCCGAGAGUCUCCGACAAGACGGGAAGGGAGCAACGCUGGUGGUUGUUCCUUCAGGACAGAUGAUCAGUCAAUGGAUGUCGGAAGUCAAGAAGCACUGCGACAAAAAAUUCGCCAAAGACAUCAUCCAUUUCAAAGUCGGUAACAAGAUGGAUAUUGAGCAGUUGUCUUCCUUCAACAUGGUGUUCGCCAGCUACCAUCAACUCAGGGACAGCAUUCCUUCCUCCAAGGAGAGGCUAGAGAAGCCGAAGGAGAUUGUCGACCCAGAGAAAUACAAUGAGUGGCUGCAAGAAUCCACCGGUGUUCUCCAUCGCAUUGAGUGGCAUCGUGUGGUACUUGAUGAAGCUCAUGCGAUCAAGAAUUACCUCACUCACACUGCAUUCGCGUGCUUCGAGCUCAACGCUAAGCACCGUUGGGCAGUGAGCGGGACACCACUCAUCAAUGCAGCUACCGGUGAGUUGGAGCAUCGCCAUCAGAUGACAGGCGGCUUCUCAUAUCUCGCAGAGUUCUUCUCCUAUUUGAAAUUCAUUCGAUGCCAUGGAAUCGAAGAGUUUAGCGACUAUGAACGCGAGUAUCGCAAAGGGAACUCAGGGCGACUUCUUCAUGGGGCAGCCGAUUUUGAACCUGCUACGACCAUUCCCACCCACCAGUACCUCACGCUCUCCAAGGAAGAGAUGGUAAUAUUCAGGAUGAUGGAGAGAUGCUUUCGUCGGAAAAUCAAUCGAGAUCUUGAGACCGGGGAUGCCACAAAGCAAAUGAGGUGCUAUCUAGUCAUGCUACUUAGAUUGCGCCAGGCUUCUACUCACCCAUUCUUACUCGAAGGAAUGAUGGCAGAGUAUUUCACUCAGAGUGACUUAGAAGCAACUCGGAAACAACUGGAGGAACUCAAAGGUGGUAGCACCGUCUACAACCAGAUCGGCUCUUGGACUCGGAGACACCAGAUUGCCAGCGAACGCAUCAGAGAUGUCAUUGAGCAAACAUAUCGGCUCAGCCAACAGCAGCUUUUAGAUGACAGCAAAGAGCUACUCGACGCUCACAACAGUCAGACUAUUGAGCCUGAUCACGGAAAUGCCACUAGCAGAAGUCAUCCCCAGCCAGGGCAGCCCAAUGCCGGCGAGGGUCCUAUCACGAUAGCCGAUGACAGCGACGAGGUUGACAGCCAAGACGAGGUUGAAGAGGACGAGGAUGGCUUGGUGCCGGAACGUUUUCUCCCUCCAAGAGCACAACCAGAGCAUGCGGCGUCCUCGAACGUUGAGGCAGAGGAGCCCCGGCUCCAGCCUUUUGGUUGCAGCGAUUUUGGUCUGGCAUUUGACAUGUCUAAGCAGCUCGAAUAUCUGGAGAAGGUCAUGGAGAUAAAGAAGGCCCAAUGCGUCGUUUGCCGCAAAAGGUCUCCUGAGAUUCCUGUCAAAGGCAGACCACUUACACCGUUCGACGAGGACGAAGAUGCAGAGUCUGCCGCGAAGACUCCUAACGACAAGGAGUAUGAAAAGGGGUUUGACUGCACCGGAUUCCAGCAUACAGAGGAUGACAAGGACGACAAGCAUGCAGUCAGAUUCCUGCAAGUGGCAGACAGAUAUCCUCAUCUGCCUCUGACUCCAAGUGCCAAGUUGACGGCAUUGAAGGAGACAGUUUUGACAUGGCAGGCCGAAGCCUCAGACGACAAGAUCAUCAUCUUCAGCCAAUUCAACGUCGUCAUGAAGAUCGUUGGCCGCAUGCUCGAAGCGGAAGGAAUCGACUUCGCAUACCUGAGCGGCAGUCAGACCACCGAGCAGCGCAACAAGGCCGUCGAUGAGUUCCAGAAUGGCGACAAGAUCAAGGUACUCAUUGUGUCGCUUCGCGCAGGCGGCCAGUGUCUGAACCUCACGAGAGGAAAUCGCGUCAUCCUCAUUGAGCUCUGGUGGAACCAUGCCGUGGAGCAACAGGCUUUUGCCCGUGUCUUUCGCAUGGGUCAAAUCAAAGAAACCCAUUUUGUGCGAUUCAUCGUCGAUACGCCGAUCGAGCAGCGCAUGCUACAAUUGCAGGCGAGCAAGAUUCUUUCCAUUGACGCUGCGCUUCAGGAUGACACGGCCAGAGCGCCAAAGAUUAGCCUCCAGGAUAUCGCUUGCCUCCUCGGCAAAGUCACGAUGAGAGACGGACUCGUCACGCGCGUCUCAGCCGACUAUGAUGAUGAUGAUGAUGAUGAUGAUGAUGAUGGUGGUGGUGGCGAUGAAGAAGAUGACGACGACAGUGAAGAUGAGAAUGAAGAAGAGGGCGAUCUUGAGGGAUUCGUUGUGCCCGAUGAUGAAGAUGAGGAGAUGGAGAGUUGCAGGUCUGCGAUUCGAGCGCAGAUGGGUUCGCUUUCUGACGACUCGGAGGAGGAAUGA